GCAGUGUGUAACAGGCCAGUGAUUCUAUCAUUCUCUGAUUCUAAUCUGUGACCCAGAAGGAAAGUAAAUCUUCUCUAGCUUUUCCUUUAAUCAUGGUGCUGAUCUGCUAUACAGGGAAGGGAAGGAGCAAAUAUCUAGAGUAGGACUGGGAAUUAAUCAAUCUACCUCAGGAGAGGAUUCACCAUAACUCAUUCACGAAACAUUACUCCUUUCUAGGAAUGGUGUCUCCAGUCCUUUGCCUUGAGUGAGCAUUUUUGUCUGUUUUGGAAUAUGUCUAUGAGCACCAGUCAGUGAUGGAAAAGCAAGAAUCAGCUGGCCCUGAGUUAAGGAAAGGCCUUCCAUGUCUUUUAGAUGGGAUCAGUGGGGAAUACUGCAGAGAAACCACGCAGAAGAGCCUGACAGAAGAUAUGUCCCAUUCAGAGGUACAACAUGAGCAUUUUAAGCAGUACUGUUACAAGGAAGCUGACGCCCCCCGAGAGGUUUGCAGUCAACUCCAUGCUCUUUGCCAUCAAUGGCUGCAGCCAGAGAGACACACCAAAGCCCAGAUCCUGGACCUGGUGAUCCUUGAGCAGUUCCUGGCCGUCCUUCCCCCAGAGAUGGCAGCCUGGGUCAGGGAAUGUGGGGCAGAGAUCAGUUCCCAAGCGGUGGCCCUGGCCGAAGGUUUCCUCCUGAGCCAGGCAGAGGAGAGGAAGCAGGAAAAGCAACAGGAGUUCAGUGUAGAAGAGGCUGGUGAUCUUCCUGUGGCAGAGAAGGCUCUCUCAGACUCUGGGAAGAUAGUGCAAUCCGAGUGGAUGGUACAGCAAGAUGAAAGAAGCACCACCAUAAUGGGCAACGAAACACAGCGGUGGCCAAUAGAUCCCAGCUCUUCUCUUUCUUUUCACAGACUGAGACCAGCUUCUGUGACCCUGGAUCAGGUGAGCUUUGAGGAGGUGGCUGUGUAUUUCAGUGAGGAGGAGUGGUGCUUUCUGGAUCCAGACCAAAGGGCCUUGCAUACGGAAGUCAUGGAGGAGAAUUUGGAGACGGUGGCUUCCUUGGGUGGUGAUAUAAAUGGGAAUGCAGACGGAAGUGAAUGUCGUUGUCUUGUUUGUGGGAGAAGCUUCAGUUGUAAAUUGAACCUUAAUCUUCACAGGAGAACUCACUUAGGAGAACAAUAUUUUAAAGAUGGAGAGAGUAGUCAUAGGGAAAAACUGAUUUCUCAUGAAACUUCUCAAAUAACAGAGAAACCAUUUAAAUUUUGGAAAUAUGGCAGAAGUUUCAGGUGCAGGUCACACUUUAUGUCACACCAAAAACUGCACUAUGGGGAAAAAUCAUUUAUAGGUUUGGAGUGUAGAAAGAACCCAAGGCAGAAGAUACACCAGUUUAACUAUGAAGCAGGACAUGCAGGGAAGAAACUUUUGAAAUGCUUGGAAUAUGGAAAGAGCUCCAGUGGGGACAUAAACUUAAUUCAUCAUCAAGCAACUCACGCAGAAGAGAAGCCAUUUAAAUGCUUGGAGUGUGGACCGAACUUAAGUUCGAGGACAAGCGUUAUUCAUCAUCAAAAAACUCACACAGGAGACAAGCCAUUUCCGUGUUUGCAAUACAGAAAGUGGUAUAGUCAGAAGUCAUACUUAACUCGUCAUCAAUUAAAUCUUGCAGAGGAGAAACCUUUUAAAUGCAAAGAAUGUGGAAGGAGUUUCAGUCAAAAGAGUACCCUUGGUCAUCAUCAGUUAGAUCAUUCAGGGGAGAAAAUAUUUCAAUGCUUGAAGUGUGGAAAGACAUUUAGUCAGAAGGCUGACCUCUCACGUCACAAGACAACGCAUACAGGGGAGAAACCGUUUCAGUGCUUCCAAUAUGAAAAGAUGUUCAGUCAGAAGGCACACCUCUCACGUCAUGAGACGACGCAUACAGAUGACAAAUGUGGAAAGAGCUUCAGCCAGAAAAGAAACCUCAUUCAGUCAUCAACGUACACAGGAGAGAAGCGAUUGAAAUGCCUGGAAUGUGGAAAGAAAUUCAAUCAGAAGUCAUGCUUAACUCGUCAUCAAUUAUCUCACACAAGGGAGAAACCAUUUCAGUGCUUGCAGUGUGGAAUGAGGUUCGGUUGGAAGUCAGACUUCACACGUCAUGAAUUAACUCACACAUGGGAGAAACCAUUUCAGUGCUUGGAGUGUGGAAAGAGGUUCAAUCGAAAGAGUAGCCUUGUUCGUCAUGAAUUUACUCACACAGGGGAGAAACCACUUCAGUGUUUGCAGUGUGGAAAGAGGUUCAGUUCAAAGAGUAACCUCUCACGUCAUGAGACAACUCAUACAGGGGAAAGACCCUUUAAAUGCCAAGAAUGUGGAAAGAAAUUCUGUCGAAAGGAUAAGCUUUCUAAUCAUCAAACAGUUCACAGGGGGGAGAAACCAUUUAAAUGCCUGGAAUGUGGAAAGAAAUUCAAUCGAAAGGAUUGCCUUUCUGCUCAUCAAACAGUUCACAGGGGGGAGAAACCAUUUAAAUGCCUGGAAUGUAGAAAGAGUUUCAGUCGGAAGAGUAGCCUUAACCGUCAUCAAUUAUAUCACAAAGCGGAGAAACUAUAUAAAUGCUAGGAGUGUGGGGAAAAUUAAUUCAGAAAGGACAAUUGCUGUUUAUCCAUUGACUCUUACAGGGAAGACAGCAUUAAAUGUCAAGAAUGUGAAAAGAGUUUCCGUACCUUGCUGUGGGAAAUUUCAGUCAGAAGACAAAGCACAUUUUUCAUCUAUUAAAAGAGGAUGGAAGGAGCCCAAAACUCCUUAAGGCAAUUUCUGAGGCAAACCUUGUAGUAAGAGUUUUAUGUGCGUUUUUCAGGCUAUGUGGCCAUGUUCUAGA